AUGAUCCGAAGCGGGUUGGCACUGGCCGGGGGGCCUCGCUUGAACGGAGGCAGCUGUGAGGCGUCACAGGGCAGUCUCGAAGGGCUUGCCAAGACCGGGUCCUACGGUCGCAUCAGAUGCGUUGGCGAUCUGUGCAAGGGCUCUGAGGCUCCUCAUCCCCAUCGUCCCCUUGCGAGCUGUCCCCCGCGAGCGAGCCGGGAUUCGGAGGAGGGAGAGCAGGCACGCUUAGGCGGUUGUCUUUCGGAGGGGAAAUGGGUUCUUCCCGAAUACUUGGUGUCGCACAAUGAAUGCGGCUCACUUUCUGCCGUGUUCCUGCUGCGGUUUGUUUUGCUUGAGGCUCUGGGCCAGCCCUUUUUGCGGCUUUUGCGGCUUUGCCCCUCUUUCCAUGCCUGUCUCGUAUGCAGCCAUGACAGCGUUCGCGGUCAGUUGGUGGUUCGUGCCAUCGUGCAGGAGUUCCUCUCAUCAUUUUCCGUUGGUUAUUCUCCGAUGACAGAAGGCAUUAGUUCGAUCGAAGGCCUGGGACGAAAUGAAGGCCUGACUCGAGGUUUGAGUCGUGCUGUGCGAGAACUCGAGAAGAUCCUCGGCUACUGGGGCUCAUUCUCAUCGCGAUGA